AUGAUGGCAAACGAAAUAGAAAACCGGCAGAAGCUUCUGCGGGCUGUUAAAAAAGAGGUCAAACAGAUUAUGGAAGAAGCUGUGACCAGGAAGUUUGUCCAUGAGGAAAGUAGCAGUAUCACAUCACUUAGUGGUGCGGUGGAGGCUUGUUUGCUCCAUGGACUCAAAAAACGUGCUCUUGGCCUGUUUAAGCACAGUACCACUACUGCUCUCCUUCAGAAAGUCUCCAAGAACUUUGAGCCAGCAGCAAUCAUCCUGAAGCUCUUCUCUGAUGUGGAGUCCAGCAACGAUCCUAACAAAAAAAGUGUGGACAGUAACAAAAACCAGACCAAAAAGCCAUCCCAGUACAAUCCACGCUACCUCUGGAUCAGACUGGCGAUUUUUGAAAAACAGCUGGCAAAAAUACUUGACUAUCUAGUACAGAAUAACAGUAAAUAUUAUGAGGAAGAUGCCCUUAUUUCAGACCCGGUGGAUGGACCAAUAUUUGCUUCUUUACUGGUUGGGCCAUGUGCGUUGGACUACACAAAAAUGAAGACCCUUGAUCAUUACUGGACAGACCCUCCAGCUGAUGAACUUGUUCAAAGACAUAGAAUCCACUCCAGUACAAACCACCUGACAGCAGGACCUGGUUCACCAAAACGUCCAGGACUACAGGUAUUGACACCUAACCUGGAUGUGUUACAGGUCCGACGUAACACCAGUUCCAGCAGUGAGGAAAGCUCCAAGAGUUUCCAUCUAUCUGCCAAAGACUAUGUUGAGAGCCUCCAUCAGAACUCUAAAACUACACUUCUGUAUGGAAAAAACAAUGUCCUGGUGCAGCCUAAAGAAGAUGUGGAGGCAUUAGCUGGUUAUCUGUCUCUACACCAAUCUGCCAUGGGACUAACCAUCAUGUGGACACCCAACCAGCUAAUGAAUGGAUGCUGUGAGGAGGAAAGUGAUGAAAAAGACAGGAGUUUGUAUUGGGACUAUGCACUGACUGUUUACCUAGAUGAGAUUGUCUACAUCCAUUGUCACCAACAGCCUGACUGUGGUGGUACAAUAGUACUGGUGGGACAGGAUGGAGUACAGCGUCCACCUAUCCACUUCCCCAAGGGAGGUCACUUACUUGCAUUCCUGUCAUGCCUGGAAAAUGGCCUGCUCCCACAUGGCCAACUGGACCCACCUCUCUGGUCACAACGCGGUAAAGGGAAAGUUUUUCCCAAACUAAAACGGAAAGGCAGUCGUCUCUCUAACAUUUCACAAGAGGGCAGCACUAGUAGCUCCAGCACAGAAGAAGAUGAAGCCACUGACUAUGUCUUUCGUAUCAUCACUACAUUUAGACCUUCCAGCAUUCCUCCUGAGAUGAUGGAUCCAAAAGCUAAGAUAAAGGGAGAAAACUUUUCCUGGGCUAAUCGAAUCCCACGCCUGCCAAGCCCAUUGGCCCAGUCAUCAGUACAGGACUAUGCCAAAGCUCAAGAAGAACAGAACAACUCCUGUCUUUCCAAACAGGGUUCCAACCACAGAACCACAUUAAAACAACUUUGUGACACUAUGAAGAAACAAAUUAUCUCAAGAGCUUUCUAUGGGUGGCUAGCCCAUUGUCGCCACCUGAAGACAGUGAGAACACACUUGUCUGGCCUAGUUCUUGGUUCAUUAACUGGCACAGAUUCCGAUUACGACCUAUCAGCAGGACUGACAGAGGACCAGUGGAAGUUUCUCAACAAGGACAAUAUGGUGUCAGAUCCUCAAGAGGUUUAUCAUCAACUGGUGUACAACCUUCCAGGUAUGACAUGUAACCACUGUCAUGUUUAUUUACAGGUGUGGCCUUACCUGCUGGGACAUUACUCCUUCAGCAGCACACCAGAGGAGAGAGAAAAGGUUGACGAGGUCAUGCGUACAAUGUAUGAACGGACAAUGUCUGAAUGGUUAGCAAUAGAGGCCAUUGUUAAACAACGUGAUAAGGAAAUCAUGGCAGCUAAUCUGGCCAAAUUAUCCUCUCACAGCUCGGAUGGACCAAUACCGCUAGUACGUAAAGACUCUAGUCUUAGCAAUGAUGUGUUCGAAUCUCAACAAAGUUUUGAUGAAUGGGAUGACUUCUCACAUCCAGAGACAGUACCAGAGGAGAGUUCCGCCACAGGUACAACAUGUACGCCAACCCCAGACAGGAAACAGAGUAUGGAACUCCAUCUACAACAGGCAGAGGUCAUCGAAAAGAUGACACAAACAGAAAUAUUACUAGAGAAAAGAGACUAUGUGUGUACAUCAUUUUCUGACAGUCCAGAUGAUGGGCUUGGUGACUCUAUAGCUCGGCAGAGUUCACAAGAAAGGUCAAAAUUAGAUUCAGCAGGUGAUUCGGAAGGCACAGAUAUCUCCCGUGCUGACCGUGAGGGCAGUAUGGAGCGCCACAUCAUUGUAACAAAGAUGUCUUGCUCCAUGGACAGUACUGAAGCUGAUGAGGAGGAUGGUGGGGCAGAGUCAGAUGAUGAAGAAGAGGAUGAUGAUGACAACGAUGAUGAUGAUGACGAUGAUGACAGAGAUGGUCUUUCUAGUCAAAGACAUUCCUUAACAGUCGAAAACACAGGAAAGUCAUUUGAUGCUGAAAAUAUAGAUAACUUGAAACGUCUUUCUACAUCUCACGAAAGCUUGAUAUCACCAGCUUCUCCUGCCUCUAAUGGUGGAAUAUAUUCAGCUGAGUUGUUGGACAAUGUAGCACUAAAUCUGCACAGAAUAGACAAAGAUGUACAGAGGUGUGACCGAAACUACUGGUACUUCACUCCCGCUAACCUGGAAAAACUCAGGAAUGUCAUGUGCACAUUUGUGUGGGAACACCUGGAUGUAGGAUAUGUACAGGGGAUGUGUGACCUGGUGGCGCCCCUCCUUGUGGUCUUUGAUGAUGAGGCAAUGACAUACAGCUGUUUCUGUGAACUGAUGAAGAGGAUGUCCUCUAACUUCCCCCAUGGAGGGGCCAUGGACACUCACUUUGCUAAUAUGCGCUCCCUCAUACAGAUUCUUGACUCGGAGUUAUUUGAACACAUGCAUCACCAUGGUGACUACACACACUUCUACUUCUGUUAUCGAUGGUUUUUACUGGAUUUCAAAAGGGAGCUACUGUAUGAUGAUGUGUUUGCUGUGUGGGAGACCAUCUGGGUUGCUAAAUAUAUCAGCUCCCCUCACUUCGUGUUGUUCAUAGCUCUGGCCCUGGUUGAGUUCUACCGAGAUAUCAUACUGGAUAAUAACAUGGACUUCACCGACAUAAUUAAGUUCUUUAAUGAAAUGGCAGAGAGACACAAAGCCAAGCAAGUGCUGAAGAUAGCCAGAGAUCUAGUUCACAAACUACAGACCCUGAUAGACAACAAGUGA